AUGUGGUCAGAUGCUCCAGAAUUGAGAAUCCAUGGGCUAAGAGAAGAUUCAAACAACUUUGAGAGGAUCUCAAAGGCAUCUACAUCAAAGCAGGCAUGGGAGAUCUUGGUCAAGUACUAUACAGGUGGGGAAAAUGCCAAGAAACUGAAGAUCAAAAUUCUAAGAAGGCAAUACGAAUUAUUGCAAAUGGAAGAAGAUGAAGUUGUGGCAGAUUACUUCAAUCGUGUGCAGGUUGUUGUUAAUCAGAUGAGAACAAAUGGUGAAUCAUUAACUGAAGUGGUGAUUAUUGAAAAGAUCCUUAGAACAUUAACACAAAGGUACGAUUACAUAGUGGGGGCAAUUGAAGAAUCAAAGGAUCUUAAUAAGAUGAAGGUGGAGGAUUUGCAAGACUCUCUUGAAGCUCAUGAACUGAGAGUAAGAGAAAGGUGUGCAGCAACCUCAACAUCUCAAGUACAGGCCCUGCAAGCCCAAGUUAGCAAGAAGACCAACCAAAGUGAUAAAAAUAACAAGAAUUCGAGUGGCAAGAAAACAUUCAACAAGAAAGGAAUCCAAUGCUACAAUUAUCAAAAAUUGGGGAAUUUUGCAAAUGAACGCAGAUCCAAGAAGGUUCAAAGAGAGGAUGAUGAAGCACAAAUGGCAGCUGAGGAUUCAGACUCAGAUGAGGUGUUGUUGAUGGCUACAACAAAAUCAGAUGAUGACUGCCUAGAGCAGUGGUACCUUGACAUGGGUUGUUCAAAUACACGAAUGGCCAAAAAGAGUGGUUUGUAA